UUACUCAACACGCAACACUAUUGGUAUAGCAACUGCUACACUUUUCGAGCGAACGGAAAUAAAUUUUCAUUGCUUAUUAGUCGCAUUCAUACAAAUUGUGCAGAUUUUAGAAAAAGUUUGGAAAUUUAUUUAAUUGUUAGUGUUAUACAUAUAUAUAUAAAAUUAAUAUAAUAAUUGGAAGUAAAUGUUAAAUUAUAACAAAAAUAAAUAAGUAGAAGUGUUUUUGUGUACGUGUAACAGUGAGUUAAGAGUUCAGCUUAGUUUGGUGCAAAACUGAAGUGAAUAUAUUUUUAAUAAUUAAAAGUGUCGUGUUUACAAAAUGGUUGGCAGAGAAAUAACACCGACUGAGAUCGGAAAACAUUCCAAAUUAAUAAAAGCCGCACAAGAGGAAAUGUCCACAAUGGAUGUGUUGGUAUGUGGGCGUUGUUUAAAUGUUUUUCAUUUUGCGGAUGAAUUUAAAGCGCACAAACAAAAAUCCUGCUCCAAAGAUACAAAUAAUGUGCGAGAUACCAAUGACACAAAACCCAAGAUAUGGGCUUUUCUUUUAUGGAAAUCUACGCAGCUAAAUAAAGAAACCUAUUCGAAUCCACCAAACUCAUGGUCACUCUAUCAGACAUGGGUGAAAAUGGAAGAAAAUAUUCGGGAAACUUGGAUUGUGGCUGGAAAAACUAUACAAUCAUUCUCUAAAGUUGGUCAAGGCAGUUUGCACGAAAUGCCUGUUAAAAUAACUAAGACUGUAGUUAAUAACACGGACAGUUCUCCCGGAAGAAAACCUUUAAAUCAAACAAAACCACAAGUGACAAAUAUUAAGCCGCCAGCGAAGGUCGGAGCUAAUGCAAAAGGUCAUGAUUCAGAUAGCGAAAGUUCACCCGCAAAAUCCAGCAGUCUUGUACCGACGCCUAGAAUCAUUAAGAAACCGGCUAUUGGAAAUGCAUCACAGGUGCAAAGUAAACUCAUUUCUGGAGCAAACCAAACAAAAACUCUAAGUCGUAGUGCCAAACGGACUGUUCCAAAUCCUGAUGAUAUAGUUGAAGAAAACGUUGAGAAAAUAGUAGCGAAACGUUUUAAUCCACGUCGUAAAUGUCAUGAAUAUUUAGUAAAAUGGGAAGGACGUACCCACGAACAUAAUACUUGGGAACCAUUAACACAUUUGGAAAAUGUACCACAUCUUUUGGAUACUUUUGAAAAGCAAUUGGCACGCCAAAAAGAGAGUCGUGCUGCAAUGCAAGCUAAACAACAGGCUUCGCUAAAAGAAUCAGUAGGCGCUGCAAAAAACUUAAAUUCAAAUCAAAAUUCUAUUGAGAAGAGUAAUGUAUCAACUCAGGGAGUUGAUUCGAGUGGACGUCCAAUUCGUUCAUCGAAACAGAGAGCAAUGGAUCAAGUUAAACAGUGGGUACAAAGCACAGAAAGUGCUUCUGAUAUAAAUGAUACAAAUUCCACUACACAAGAUCUUGCAAGUAUAAAGCGUAAAUUGGAUGAUUCAGAUUUUAAUGAUUCGAACGCUAGUGACUUGCCAGCAACAACUGCAACAAUGGAGGAUCUUGAAGAAGAUUUAAUCCCAUCACAUACAGUUAAACGCAUGAGAAACGGAAAUUCCGUAUCGGUAGAAGUGAAAACAAAAACAGAAAAAUCUCUUGAGUCUAAAGUCAUAAAAGUAAAUGGUUCAUCUGUACCGAGCACCGAAAACAGUGAAUCUACUGCAUUUUCAGCAGAGGUUAUCAUUACACAAGAUCUCAGUUCUUCCGGAGUUGUCAAGAAACCAGGUUUCAAUGGACCUUCGAAUACAGGCAAAACAGAGGCACAAAUACGUAUACUCUCCAAAGGUGAAUCAACGCAAGCUAAUUCAGGCAUAAUACGCAUCAAUAAUAGCCAAGAUAGUGCAACUCCAGUACGACAAAUUCGUGUUGGAACCAGUGCAGCUGGACAAACAGUGACAACCUCUACUAUAGGAAGUACACAAAUCACAACAAUAAAUCAGCGCCCAAUUGCACAACGUACACCAGGUGCCACAAUUAUUCAACGGAAAGGUGUGACAUCAGCCGCUAUACAACCCACACCACGUACAGGAGCACACCAACAGAUUUCACCAUCAUCAGGACGUAUGAUUAUACCUCGACAAAGCACAGUUGCACAACGUCCAAAUACAGUUACAUCUAAAAAUGUUACGCCUGAACAGAAAAUUUUACAGCUUUCCAAGUCUGGCGAUUUAAAGGUCACGAAAAAGGUAAUGACGCGUGAGGAUGCAGUGGCACAGCGUAUGACACCACAACAGCGUCAACAACACUUACGCCAACAACAGCAACAAUCUGGUGUGCAAAUACAAAAGGUACAACAGAUUAGUGCUCCUAAUUCUCGCGGUGCCGCUACACGUAAACAAAGUGAAUCUUAUGCUCAAGAGGAACAUCAAGCCCAGCUGUGUCCAAUAACAGGUAACCUUAUUGGUCAGGAAGAUCAGACAAUAGUAUCACAAACCCAAAAACUUCAAAGUGGAGUUAUGCAGACCCAAUUAGUGUCAGAACAACAACAAUUGCAGGAACAGAUGGGUGAUAUAGAAUCAGCGCUACUAACAGGAGAACAGCAAAUGCUUACCAAUGAAGAUGGUUCACCACUCCUAGUGACUGGCGAAGACGGCACAGUUUAUCAAGUUGCCGGUAAAAAUGCCGAGGGUCAAACAAUCUUAGUAACACAAGGACCAGAUGGCGAACAGCAAUUUGCUUAUGUAGCAGCGUCUGACGGUGAUGAAAAUCAAGUGUUGAAUAUGGAAAAUGCAGUUGGCGAAACAGUUGUCCAGUUACCGAGUGAGCAUGAUGUUGAAGCGCUUGCUGCUGCAGGCGGAGAGAAUCAAUAUAUAGUAAAAACUUUGCAAGAAGAUGGUAGCACACAAGUAGUAACAAUGACUGCCGCUGAACUAGCACAACAUUCGGCUUUAACUGGUAACGCAACUGAACAACUAACUGUGCAAACGAACGAUGAAGCUCAAGAUGGAAAUAUUCCCGCUGAAGUUGUGCAAGCAGAACUACCAUCACCAGGUGGUACGAGGCGUGUCGUACUCUUACUCCAAGACGGUACAUUUAUGAUGACUGAAAUGCAUGACGAUGAGUUUAAGGCUCUCAAUCUAAAUGCGUAAAUUGAUUUUAACAGAAAUGGAGUUCAUUUAUUAGAAUAUAUAACUAAUAGAAAAUAUAUUUAAGUAUUUUAAGAAAAA